GACGGUCCCUAAGCGGCAGUUGGUGUGGGCAGAGCGAGCGUCGGGGCUCGUGCUUGUAUAGUCUGCGCUCGCGCCCUCAGUUCAGUUGCGUUGUUUCCACCUUCAGUCUUCCCUGGAACCCCUCCGCGCGGACUUACCGAUGGUGGCUCCUCUACAGGAUGCAGCAGGCGGGAUCGGCCCUCUGAGAUGCCACUGAGUGACCAGAAUGAGCCACAGGAGGAAGUCCAGCCGGUGAGGCAAAUGAGCUGUACGCCAGCGCCCCACAACCAAAGCAGCUAGGACGAACCGACGGAGCCAUGCCUCCCCUGCUGUCCUGAUCCUCCUCCCCCCUCCCCGUUCCUCCUCCCCACCUCCUCAUCCUCCUCUGCUCCCCUUGGUUCAAUCGGUCGCAUCAGUCCGUCCCGCUCCCCGCAAGUUCGGCAUGGCGUCGGUCUUCAUGUGGAAGCUGUCGUCGCAGAAGCUGGGCUUCUUCCUGGUCAGCUUCGGGUUCAUCUGGGGCAUGAUGCUGCUGCACUUCACCAUCCAGCAGCGGGCCAGCCACGAGAGCAGCGCCGUGCUGCGGCAGCAGAUCCUCGACCUCAGCAAGCGCUACAUCAAGGCACUCGCAGAGGAGAACCAGAGCGUCAUGGACGGGCCGUACGUGGGGACCAUGACGGCUUAUGAUUUGAAGAAGACCCUGGCUGUUCUGCUGGACAACAUCAUGCUGAGGCUGGGCAGGCUCGAGUCGAAGGUGGACAACAUUUUCAACGGCACAGGGGGCAACCUGACCAACGGCACAAGCACGGCCACGCCGGGAUCCUCCAACGCAGAGAAAGUCAACGUGGCUGAGCUCCUCACCGGCGCCCAGGAGAGGUGUGAGCUGCCUUCGCUGGACGGUUUCCCGCACUGCGAGAGCAAACUCAAGUGGAUGAAGGAGAUGUGGCGCUCAGACGCCUGCUACUCCAACUACGGCGUGGACGGGUCCACCUGCUCCUUCUUCAUUUACCUCAGCGAGGUGGAAAACUGGUGUCCUCGUCUCCUCUGGAGGACGAAGAUCCUGGGCGACGAAGCUGACCAAAAGGGGCAGGCGGAGAUCCGGACCAGCUUUGACGGCCUCUACCGCUCCAUGUCCCAGCGGGAGGAGUUCCGCUGGAUGAUGCUGCGGAUCAAACGCAUGGCCGAGCCGUGGGUCAGCGCCAUCCGCUCUCUGGCCGCCAAGCAGAACCUGGCUAAACGGCGGCGAAAGAAGAUCCUGGUUCACUUGGGCCUGCUCACCAAAGAGUCUGGCUUCAAGAUCGCAGAGAACGCCUUCAGCGGAGGCCCGCUGGGAGAGCUGGUGCAGUGGAGCGACCUGAUCACCACGCUGUACCUGCUGGGCCACGACGUUCGCAUCUCCGCUUCGCUGGCUGAGCUCAAAGAGAUUAUGCGCAAAGUCAUGGGGAACAAAUCCAGCUGCCCCACACAAGGGGAUCGAGUAGUGGAACUCAUCUACAUCGACAUCGUGGGCCUCACCCAGUUCAAGAAGACUUUGGGACCUUCCUGGGUCCACUACCAGUGCAUGCUGCGGGUGCUGGACUCCUUUGGCACGGAGCCCGAGUUUAACCACGCCCACUACGCCCAGUCUAAGGGUCACAAGACGCCGUGGGGAAAGUGGAACCUGAACCCGCAGCAGUUCAACACCAUGUUCCCUCACACACCAGACAACAGCUUCAUUGGGUUUGUGGUGGAGCAGCACCUGAACGCCAGCGACAUCAGACACAUCGAUGACAUCAAGCGGCAGAACCAAUCCCUCGUCUACGGGAAGGUCGACAACUUCUGGAAGGACAAACAGACGUACCUGGACAUCAUCCACAGCUACAUGGAGGUCCACGGCACCGUGCACGGCACCAGCAACGCGCACCUGCCCGGCUACGUGAAGAACCACGGCAUCCUGAGCGGACGGGACCUGCAGUUCCUGCUGCGGGAAACCAAGUUGUUUGUAGGUCUGUCCUUCCCGUACGAAGGCCCCGCCCCCUUGGAGGCCAUCGCCAACGGCUGCGCCUUCCUCAACCCCAAGUUCAACCCUCCGAAGAGCAGCAAGAACACAGACUUCUUCAAAGGCAAACCCACGCUCAGAGAGCUGACCUCACAGCACCCGUACGCCGAGGUUUACAUCGGGCAGCCGCACGUCUGGACGGUGGACAUCGACAACCCCGCUGAGGUGGAGCGGGCCAUCCGCUCCAUCCUGAGCCAGAAGAUCGAGCCCUACCUGCCGUACGAGUUCACCUGUGAGGGGAUGCUGCAGAGAGUCAACGCCUUCAUCGAGAAGCAGGACUUCUGCCACGGUCAGGUCAUGUGGCCCCCCCUCAGCGCCCUCCAGGUGAAGCUGGCGGAGCCGGGUCAGUCGUGUAAGCAGGUGUGUCAGGAGAAGCAGCUCAUCUGCGAGCCGUCCUUCUUCCAGCACCUGAACAAGGACAAGGACCUGGCCAGGUGGGGCGUGUCCUGCGAGACGGUGGAGUCCAGCGCCGACACGGUGGUCCCCGCCUACAGCGAGACGCGCAAGCACUGCAUCCUGCAGUCGGACCUGCUGCUGUUCAGCUGCGCCGGCGCCCACCAGAGCCUGCAGCGCGUCUGCCCCUGCCGCGACUACAUGAAGGGCCAGGUGGCGCUCUGCAAGGACUGCCUAUAGCAGCGAGGAGCGGAGGGGGCGGAGCUCCGGCUAUUUAUUCCGUCUGGAGAGGCACUCCUGCAGCUGCACCUCCGUCACCAGCAGGGGGAGUCCAGGAAGCCUCGCGAAAUUACUUGAAUGGACAAAAAAGGGAGGCGGGGAGGUGAUUGACAGUAGAAAACCCAAGCCCCGCCCCUAAACCCCGACAAUUCUGGAACUGUUAGGUAGGUUUGCACUGGACUCAACCCCCCACACCCCCAACACAGACACUGUAAGCAUCAAACAUAUCUGUCCCACCAUUCCCCUCCCCCCUCAGGCUGGAUCCUUCUGGAAAGAAGAGCCCCAUUCAAAAACAUGGGCUCUACUUUAUGUUUUUCCUGGUUGGGGGGGGGCUGACCAAGAUGUCCAUCCUUAAACUGAAGAGAAAAAUAAUCAGCUGUAAAUCUUUUUUUUUCCUGCGACGUUUUUCCAAAACGAAAUCGUUGGUUCAUCGGAAAAAUACGAAAAAAAAAAAAAAAAAGUUGGAAAAAUGCACUAAUAUAUUAGCAGGAGUGAACAUGGUGUCGUUCGUUCAUAUGGGUUCUUUUUUUGUAUUUAUUUUAUAUAAAGAUCUCUAUCGCUGUGUUUUUGCUGGGAAUCUGUUUAUUUAUAGGGGGGUGACUUUUGUUUUCUUCAUGCUGGUUUUAUUUAUGGAGGGUAAUUUAAGAUGAUUUUUUUUUUCACUAAAAUGAGCAAAAGGGGGAGGAGCUUUGAUUUUGAAAUUCUCGUUUGCACCUUUAUUUCCUGAACGCUGCCAAGUUAAAAAAAAGGCAAAAACAGGACGUGCCUUUUUUUUAUUUUUCUUUAUUUGUUCACAGUCGGCCUAAAAAAAAAAAUAAAAAAACAGCAGAGUAAUCAGAUUACUGCUAACUGAUUACUUGUGCUGUUUUUUCCACCCCUCCACACGGUUACGUUACAGCUAAAGCCUUAUUUGCUUUUAUUUUCUCGCACUGGAAAUUUCGGAUCUCGAUGUGACGGACGGAAGGCUGUACAGAACCAAGCGUCAUUCAUAUCGCGCCUCAGCGCCGAAUGUCUACUGUUAAAAAAAAAAAAAAAAAAAAAAAAAAAGCAGAAGAUGUUUGUCUUUUGUAGAAGCCCUUUCCUUUGCAGGCACAAGGUCCCGAUUCCCGACCCGCUGGGAGCGAAACAGGUUGAAGUCUGUAGUGGCCGUCCUCCGGGGAGUCCGAGGGACACGACUUUAUUUUUAAAUAAAUCUUUUUUCUGUGA